AUGGGGCCGUCAUCAGAUGCGGACCACGCUCCUUUACCCGUAUCCAAUGGUCACACACAUAGCCAUAGCCGCAGUCGCGGCCACACUCGCUCCCGAUAUGCACAACCACCCUCGCUCGGGGUCAAUGUGAACGGAUCGCAAGCCCCCGAGAUUACAAACGCUGUGAAUGGAAGCCAUUCUCAUGACCACACCUCUCAUUCGUUGCCUCACCACUCACACUCUCAUUCUCAUUCGGUGUCCCACGACCACCAUGGUCACCAUUCACAUGGCCAUAACCACAGCGUCGCGUCGAUCCAUGAUUUGUCGCAUUCACACCAUCUCAACUCGGGGCCAGAGGCGCACCCGGAAAGUGGCGCUGAAAACCUACACGAAAUCCUCGCCGGUUCCCUGAUUGCCUUGCCCUGGGUCGCACUCUCCUGGUACCCCCAUACAUGCGCAGAGGCGUGCCAGGCGCCAAGCGCUACAGGGAAGAACCCUCCUUUCGGAGGGAUUGGACACGCUGCGCAGACGGCAGGAGUUUUGACCGCAUUCACGCUCCUAGCAUUUGGAUGUGGCCAACUCCUGCGUAAACGCCAAGCGGGAAGUUCCAUUGCCUCGACAAAGUUCCCCACGCCCAAUACAAAGACUGCCCAAGCUGCCUUUAUGCAAACCUGCUCGAUCGGACUUCCAAUUUACGCCUCUUUAAAAUUAGGCGGAUUUCUGGUUGCCUUUUCGUUGCUUCUUUCAACGGCGUCCGGGGUCCCGAACUUGGUGCAAGCUGAUCUACGUGGCUCGAGUUCGGAGAAAUAUAGUCAAAAGAUUUUGACCAUUGCUCUGCUGGCCAGUGUGAUGGUAUUGAGCUUUUUCGGCCUGAAUCAGUCGUGGGACUCUUCCCCCUUCAUGGGGUAUCUAGCGCUUUUAACUUCCGUCUUUGUCAUUUCACCACCUCUCCCCUCUCUUCGUCAUCAAGGGCCUGUUCCAGAGCCUGGUCUGGUUGCGGAAUCGAUCUCGAAGGCCAAGUCGGCAGGCAGCCGGUCGGCCGUCGUGGUCACGACCGAUGCGCCUUUGGCUCUGGUUUCAGGAGGCUUUCUUCUUGCUCUGGGAAUGAUCGUUUCCCGGGGGCUGCCCUUUCAAUCAUCAGAGCUACUGUAUAUUUUAGUCCCCGCUGGACUCUUAGCAAUCUCCUUGAUGGCUUCAUUUCCAACGGGGUUUCGCUCUCCCGAUAAGCGUGGACUGGCCGUUUGUACUGGAGCUGCCGCCAUUCUUUGCUCCCCCCAUAUCCGGGAUGAAAUUCUGCCUGUCUACGCUGCGCGUUGUAUCUUGGCCGUUGUCUCAUUCUUUGCUUCAAGAAUGGACGAUAGCCACCUGCGCUUGGAUGCCCAUUCACAUAACCACACACACAAUCACGCGGCCAGUCAUGCCCACGUUCCCGAGUCUACUACGCGGAUCACCAAAUGGGUCAUCCGUCGGAGCGAACCAUAUCCCUUGCUUUACAGCAUUGUGAAAGAGAAGGAUUCCCGCAGUAUUUUCUACUUUAUGUGUUUGAAUUUCACAUUCAUGCUGGUCCAGCUAUCAUAUGGCUUUUUGACGGGAUCCCUUGGGCUUCUCAGUGAUAGUAUCCACAUGUUUUUUGACUGUCUUGCCCUUGUUGUUGGUCUUUGUGCGGCGGUCAUGAGUAAAUGGCCACCCAAUGCUCGCUUCCCAUAUGGCUAUGGAAAGGUCGAUACAUUGUCCGGUUUCGCUAACGGGAUUUUCCUAAUGAUUAUCAGUGUGGAGAUCAUUUACGAGGCGGUGGAGCGUUUGUCCUCGGGCAGUGAAAUGCACCGCAUUGGGGAAUUAUUGGCGGUAAGCUUUGCUGGCUUGCUGGUCAAUUUGGUCGGAAUCUUCAGCUUUGAACAUGGCCAUCACCACCAUGGUCAUGAUCAUGGGCACGAUCACUCCCAUGGCAAUGAGAACAUGCACGGCAUUUUCCUGCACAUUCUUGCCGAUACGCUUGGUUCUGUCGCUGUGGUUAUUUCCACCAUUCUUGUACAUUACUCAGGCUGGGCCGGGUAUGAUCCUCUAGCCUCGUGUUUUAUUGCCAUCUUAAUCUUUGCUUCGGCUGUCCCGCUGGUCAUCAGCACAGCCAAAACUUUGCUUCUGGCCUUGCCAGCCGAUACGGAAUACAAUAUUCGUGAAACCCUAGCCGGGGUCAGCACCUUGCGGGGAGUUGUCGGAUAUACUGUGCCAAAGUUUUGGCUUGAUGAUACGGCUCAGAAUGUUUUUGGUGUCAUUCACGUCAUUGCCUCUCGUGGCUCGGACCUUGAAGAUGUCCGACAGAGAACUGUGGAUUAUCUCAAAGAUAAGAAUGUGGAUAUCGUGGUUCAGGUGGAGCGAGAUGGGGAAGGUCGUUGUUGGUGCGGCGGAGGGAACAAGGGCCUUUAA